UGUGCCUGGCGGCCAUCUUUAGGUAUUUCUAGAGGAUACAAGCACAGUUCACAUUGUUGAAAGUGAUACAGUAAACCACGCGAAGGGAUCGAUUAAAAGAUCAAACUGGAAGUGUCUGGUGUUAAACUAACAGUGUGCCUGUGGUCCUGUUGAUAGGAAGGGCUCAGCAGUGCCUGUGUGCCCAGGGAGCCACUGCCUGAGUCCCUAGAGGUAGACACCAAACCACAGGACAUGAGUGCCGCCAAAGAAGGCCUGGUCAUCUUCACGGCCAACUCCAACCCCUCCAGCAGAGAGCUGGGGAGGAGGAUAGCCGAGCGGUUGGGUGUGGAGCUUGGAAAGGUGCAGGUCUAUCAAGAAGCUAACAGAGAAACACAGGUCCAAAUUGAAGAGUCUGUGCGCAGCAAAGAUGUUUUCAUCAUCCAAACUGUGUCCAAGGAUGUUAACACCACCAUCAUGGAGCUGCUCAUUAUGGUGUAUGCCUGCAGGACAUCCUGUGCCCGAAACAUCAUCGGCGUCAUUCCCUAUUUCCCCUACAGCAAACAGUGCAAAAUGAGGAAGAGAGGCUCCAUCGUCUCUAAACUACUUGCCUCAAUGAUGUGUAAAGCAGGUCUGACUCAUCUCAUUACUAUGGAUUUGCAUCAAAAGGAAAUCCAGGGUUUCUUCAACAUUCCAGUGGACAAUCUCCGGGCCUCACCAUUCCUGCUGCAGUACAUCCAGGAAGAAAUUCCUGACUACAGAAAUGCUGUAAUUGUGGCCAAAUCUCCAGCAUCAGCCAAAAGGGCCCAGUCGUUUGCUGAAAGGUUGCGGCUGGGCAUCGCUGUGAUCCACGGUGAAGCCCAGGACGCUGAAUCUGACCUUGUGGAUGGACGUCAUUCCCCUCCCACUGUCAAAAACAUCGGCGCCAUCCAUCCAAGCCUAGAGAUACCAUUGCUAAUUCCCAAAGAAAAACCCCCAAUAACUGUGGUCGGAGAUGUAGGUGGACGAAUUGCCAUCAUAGUGGAUGACAUCAUUGACGAUGUUGACAGUUUUCUAGCAGCAGCCGAAACACUGAAAGAAAGAGGCGCUUACAAGAUCUUUGUCAUGGCUACACAUGGAAUCCUCUCCUCAGAUGCCCCUCGGCUAAUAGAGGAGUCCGCCAUAGAUGAGGUGGUUGUCACCAACACCAUUCCACACGAGAUCCAAAAACUCCAGUGUCCCAAGAUCAAGACUGUGGAUAUCAGCAUGAUCCUGUCAGAAGCCAUUCGCCGCAUCCACAAUGGAGAAUCCAUGUCUUACCUGUUCCGUAAUAUUGGCAUGGAUGACUAACAGGCUCUUGUACAGUCAGUCAUAUCGUGCGCAGAGGUCAAGACAUUUUCUGUCCCUAUUGCCUGUAUCAUUACCAGUUUUUCCGUUAACUCCAUAACUCCUUCUCCUUGUUGUACAUGUUAUAUUUUGAAAAAAUAACUGCGCUCAAAGAACCUGGAUGUUCUGUAAUGCUAUGUGAGUUCAGUGCCCUAAAAUGCUGAUGUUCAGAGGAUUGAAGUGCUGGGAUACUACACCUCUUGAUCAGAAAUAUUGGCACUUUUAUUUAAGAUUUGAAAGUACCAGAUUUAAAAGAAAAGAAGGACUACUGGAUGUUAAAAUUAUGUCUUCAGUUCUUUUAAUCGUAGAUCUGCUCUAUUUGCCUUUUUAUUUUUUAUUUUUUUUAAUUUAAUUAUUGGAGAAUGAACAACUCCAUUGUGUGGCCAACAAUGACAAAAUGUUACCAUAAAUGAAAUCUAUGCUGUGACAUAUCAGUGUCAGUGCCUCAUGACUUUGUGCUAUUAUUGUGCCACUAGUUUCUGUGUAUUUGUGUAGUAAUGCUGGGUAGUACUGAUGAUUAAAUCAAUAUUUAUUUUGUUCGAAGCAAAUUAGAUGCAAGGUACAUUUUUAGACUUCAAUAUAGCACUUAAAAUCUAUAAAGCUUAAUGUACUUGAUUGAAUGUGUUUUCCUGCUAGAUUCUUCUACUAACACUUCAACAUGAGUUUAUAUUUAUUUUUGCCAAUAACAGGACUAUGGAAGUAUCUUUGCCUCAUAAAUGUGGUCAUAGUGGCCAGAGUUUCUAAAUAUCUUGCCUCUGAGAACUUGACUUGUCAAUUACCAAAUGAAAUGCAGGGUUUUUGUUAUGUAACUAAUAUUUCAGACUUUUGUAUUUAUUGACAGCACAUGAUGACAAUGAAUAAACGAUUUAAA